AUGUUACUGAUCCCAGCUCAAACAGGUUACUCCCACAAGAGUUACCAACAGAAUUCCAAGACUGAUUCGAGGAAGUCGACAGAAACACUAGAUUGUGGGCCGUAUUCUUGUACACCUACUCCCAUUUCUUCUGGCAAGAAGUCUGGAGCCGAGACUCUUCAAUACGAUAUUCAUGACCCUUUGGAAAUCAAGGAAGAAAUUAUCCAAGAUCCAGAGCCAAUUACAGUCCAUGAAGGGAAUAAAUCAAAUGAGUCGAAAUUUUGCACCAUAUAUGUAAGAGAUGAUAUUUUAGCGGUUAAGUCCAAACCGCAGACAAUGGAGAAGCAGAAAAUUCAAGAAUCAGAACAGGAAAAAAAGUACGCAUGCGAGAAGUGUGCACGCAGUUAUAAAUAUAAACGUCAUUUGCAUCGUCAUAAAAAAUUCGAAUGCGAUGUGAAACCACAGUUCCAAUGCGAAUUCUGCAAUAAACGAUUCGCACAUAAAAGGGGUAUGCUUUGUCACUACAAGGCGGUCCAAGGGGGUGAGGAAGGGAAGCGCUUCGUGGUCAGUGGAGCAACUCCACAACAACGCAGGAGUGUAUGCAAAAAGCAGGCAGUACCCUCGACGGUUGAUCACGUCUUCUGCUUCAGUUCGCUCUCAUGUCAGUGUUUCGAUCAGGCGCAGUUAUGCCUAUACGUUACAAAAUGCCGAAAAACAAGUUGCAAAAAUGUCGCGGAAAAACAAAAGGAAGCGUUUAACAAUUGCACAUAA